AUGCACCUCAUAGAGAAAGCAGAAGAGGACAAUCGAACGUUCAUCACAGAAUUUAUCCUCCUGGGAUUCGGGAAUCUCCCUGAACUUCAGAUCCUUCUCUUCCUGGUUUUCCUAGUGACCAUGUCCGGGAACAUCCUCAUCAUAGUGCUAGUUGUGGCUGAUCAGCACCUUCACACCCCCAUGUACUACUUCCUGGGAAACUUGUCCUGCUUGGAGACCUGCUACACCUCCACCAUUCUGCCCAGGAUGCUGGCCAGUCUCCUGACUGGAGACAGAACCAUUUCUGUCAGUGGCUGUUUUGCACAGUUUUAUUGCUUUUGUUCUCUGGCAGCUACAGAAUGCUAUCUCCUAGCAGCGAUGUCUUAUGAUCGGUAUUUAGCGAUAUGCAAACCCCUGCGUUAUGCAGCCCUGAUGAACGGCAGGUUAUUUCUCCAGCUAACAGCGGGGUCUUGGAUGAGCGGAUUUCUACUUUGUGUAAUAAUGAUGUGUUUUAUGUCACAAUUAACAUUCUGUGGCCCCAAUGAAAUUGACCAUUUCUUUUGUGAUUUUUCUCCAAUGCUAAAACUCUCCUGCAGUGACAGCAGCAUGAUCACCUUGGUUUGUUUCAUACUCGCCUUCCUAGACUUGCCUUGCCCAUUUCUAUUAACUGUGACAUCCUAUGUUUGUAUCAUUGCUACUAUCCUGAGAAUCCCUUCCACCACUGGGAGGCAAAAGGCCUUUUCCACCUGCUCCUCUCACCUCAUUGUGGUAACACUUUUCUAUGGGACCAUAAUGAUUGUCUACAUGAUACCGAAAUCCAGCAACCUGAGAGCCCUAAACAAAGUGUUCUCUGUCUUCUACACAGUCCUGACUCCCAUGCUCAACCCCCUCAUCUACAGCCUGCGAAACAAAGAGGUGAAGGCGGCCCUUAGAAAAGUCAUCAGUUAA